UGGCUAAAAUGUUACAAGUGGCACGGUAAUCAUACAUAUACAAAAACACUUUUCUGUAGGCUAAAGCUUUGUACACACUUAACAAUAUAUAUUAUCCACAGGCCUCUCGGCUCAAUACUCAACUUUAGAGUAGUUUUUGGAGUAGUUGUUCGUCGCGUCCCCUUUAAGUGGUGUUGGGUGUAGGCUGUGUGAAACUCGAAGGGAAGCUAAAGAGUCAAACUGAAGGUAACAGUUCUUUGAAGAAAUUUAACUCCAACGGCACAUUUAGACUGUUCAAACAGGUCUUAUGUAGCUGGCUCUAGAUUCCUCUAGGGCGUUUAACAAACCUCCAUGUGAAAGCUUUUCAACUUCAGUGUGAAAAUAAAUGCGGUGGGGGACAUUUAAGGUUAGGUGAGGCUGGAUGUCUGGAUGCAGUCGUCAUGGUGAAGGAUGUUCCGGAAAGUCAAAAAGCGCCACAGCAGCAGCAGCUCGCAAAGCAGUGAGAUCAGCACCAAAAGCAAAUCUGUCGACUCCAGUUUGGGAGGACUCUCCAGAUCCAGUACCGUCGCCAGCCUCGAUACAGAUUCCACCAAGAGCUCAGGUAACAGCACGUCUGAAACAUGUGCUGAGUUCCGUGUAAAGUAUGUGGGAGCCAUUGAGAAGUUACAGUUUGACAUGAGCAAGACCCUCCAGGAGCCUCUGGACCUCAUCAACUACAUUGAUGCCACUCAGCAAGAUGGAAAGCUACCCUUCGUGCCGGGAGACGAAGAGAUGAUUCUGGGAGUGUCAAAGUACGGAGUCAAAGUGGCGUCGCUGGACCAGUGUGAUGUGCUGCACCGGCACCCUCUGUACCUGAUAGUGCGUAUGCUGUGUUACGAUGAUGGCCUGGGUGCAGGGAAGAACCUCCUGGCUCUCAAAACCACCGAUGCAAAGCAAGAGGAGUGCAGCAUCUGGGUGUACCAGUGCAGCAGCUCGGAGCAGGCUCAGUCCAUCUGCAAGGUGCUGUCGGCUUCCUUUGACUGCGCUCUGACAUCAGACAAGUCCUGAGAGCAGGACGGGAGCUGAGAUCUGUCUAGAUGAGAAAUGAAACAAACGACAAAACCAGCAACAGUAAAUCAGAAGAUUCCCAAAAAAUUUAAAUCAUUUCCCUUUUGUCCAACUUUACUCUGUUUUCUUUAAGAGAGAUACACCUGGAGGACACAUCCUGUAUGUUUUCCAUGUUAGUUUGUAGGAAAAUAUCAAGCUCAGUUUGUGGUACGUACUAUCACCCGACUAUCAUUCUCCAGUUGAGACAAGUCUGUGAAUUUGUCUGAAUCAUUUCCUUUGAAUUUGUUUCCUUUACCUCAUGUGUUCCAUUGACUGUUCACAUAAAGUCAAGAGCAAAAAAGAAACAUUUAGAAAAAAAGUAAAUUGUUGCAUUUUUUUUUAAAGCAUUGGAAUAAGUGAACAAUGUAAAUGAUUCAUAAUUAAUGUAAGUGAUGGUAGAAAAUGGUACAUAAUAUCUCUACCCAGCUGUGUCAAUAUGGGAAACAUUCUUCAGAGGAGAAAAUACCCGGUACAAACAUUUUACAACAUGCAUUUUGUUUCUCUUCAUGUGGAAACCACUCAGAUCUCUUUUUAACUUUAGAUCUCCUUUUGUGUGUUUUGUUGUGUAUGCUGAAACAAACAGUAUUGGCAUAGCAGUCACUUUUUUGACUCAAAGGUACAUUAUACAAAGCUAAAAUCUAACUGUGUGUGUGAAGUCUUACUCUUUUUUUUUUUUUACUUGUGGGAUAUACUCAUUUUUAAUGACAGUUUUGACUUUUAUUGUAUCUUGUUUUAAAGUUUCUUGGUACCAAAAGCUUUGAUGUGUUUUCAUUUUUUUUAAUUCUUUGUUUUUAUGCAGUGGAUAAAAAUGCAUUAAAUACAUUAGACUUACUGAAACCACAUAAAUCCUAACUGUUAGGCUGUUAGAAGCAUAUGAAAGAUUUCGGAGGAAAAAGCGUGUUUACAGUCGUGGUACUUACUUGACUUCAGUGUACAUAAUAAUAGCCCAUUCCUCCUUAUUCUGUCCUCCUUUUCAGCACUGACCUGUUAAGAUUGGGUUGAAAAUGUGCGACAUUAAGGAAAUUAAAGAAUUUGAUCUGGUAGAAUAAAGGCUUUUGUUUUGUUUUUGAAG